AUGAAUGCUCGUAACAUUUUACAGGUGGAGGCUUUGGCAGUAAAGUUGACUCAAAAAGAAGGGGAGUUGAUUCAAGAGAAGUUUGAAGUGAAGAAGCUAGCGAACUUUCUCAAACAGGCUUCAGAAGAUGCUAAGAAAUUGGUUAACCAAGAGCGGUCCUUUGCUUGUGCGGAAAUUGAGAGUGCUAGAGCAGUGGUGCAAAGAUUUGGUGAGGCUCUUGAGGAAGAAGAAAGAAUUUCCCAGACCUCAGGAAAGCAGGAGCUUGACGAACUUCUGGAGGAGGUUCAAGAGGCUAGAAGAAUUAAAUUGUUGCAUCAGCCCAGCAAGGUGAUUGACAUGGAACAUGAGCUCCAAGCUCUACGCAUGCAGAUUCGAGAAAAGUCUAUAAUUUCGGUUAAGCUCCAAAGAGAGCUGGCAAUGAGCAGGAGGGCUGAGGAGAACAAGUUCCGUGUAUAUGAGUUCGGUGGUUCUGAAACUUUAGGUUCAGCUUUGCGAGUUCAACCUUGCUCAGAUGAAGCUCAAGACCUGUCAAAAUGUUCAAUCCAGUGGUAUCGUAUACCGACUGAAGGUAGCAGAAGGGAACUUAUUUCAGGUGCCAACAAAUCAAUCUAUGCUCCAGAGCCCUUUGAUGUUGGGCGAUUUUUGGAAGUUGAUGUUGUCUCAGCUGGCCAAAAGGUUGCUGUGACAACUUCUGGUCCCAUAGGUCCAGCUGCGGGAUUGGCCAGUUAUGUGGAGACGCUUUUACGGAAACCCAACACUGAAUUUAAUGUAGUUAUUUCCCAGAUGAAUGGACAAAAUUAUUCAUCACGUUCUGUUCACUUGUUUCAUGUGGGGAAAAUGAGGAUGAAACUUUGUAAAGGAUGGAUUACAAAGGCUAGAGAAUCAUAUUCCACAUCAAUGCAGCUAUGUGGAUUCAGAGGCGGUGGUAAUUCUGCAGCUAAGUCAUUGUUUUGGCAAGCAAGGAAAGGACAAUCCUUUGUAUUGGUAUUUGAAUCAGAGCGAGAAAGAAAUGCGGCCGUUAUGCUUGCAAGGAGAUACGCUCUUGACUGCAAUGUCAUGCUUGUUGGGCCGGAAGAUCAAGCUUUCAUUUAAACCUAACUGAUUUUGUGAGUUUUCAACUAAUGUGAGUAUUAACAUUGUUUUCUGAGUGUGAGUAUUCAAUUUCUUGUGUGAAUGUGAUGAUGAGGAAUGUCUUCGCGUUUGUAAUUGUGUUUCCUCUAAUUUGGUCACAUCCUUUUAUAGGCAUCGUUUUUAUUUGCCUAAUCAUUGGGUUGUAACAGGUUUGAUCUAUUGUAGUUAAAUGAUGAUUCAUUUGAAGCUGAUUGUGAUGAUUUGCA